UCUGUGACUACGGAUACUAAUUUUAUAGUGUUCAUAUUAUGUUGAAAAAAAAAUAGUGACACCGACAAUUUUCGUUAAAAUUGAGAAACUCAUGGAGUCUGUGGAUAUGACAAACACAUUAAAAGAGAGGUUAAGUACUAUGACAUGUAAGUUAGCGGCAUUAGAGAAGUCGGUUGCCGAAGAAGCACACCGAAAACGUGCGAUUGAAGAAAAACGUCUUCAGGAAAUAGCAUCGUAUGUUUCAAAUUUAGAAAGCCAGUUAACAAAAGAAAUUAAAGAUCGUGUUGAAUCAUCGCGAGAUAUGCAACAAAUGUCUCGAGAAAACAUUGAAACAAAAGCAAAAGUUUUAAAUAAAAAAAUAACCAGUUUCAUCGAGUCUAAUUUAGUAAAUUUAAACGACGUAUCCAAGCGCACGGAAGAGUUCGAAGCUUACCUGGAGCGAGGAGAGUCUUAUUCUAACCCAUCCUCUUCGUUUUUUCUUAUUCAAACCAAAUUAGAGCAACUAAGAAAUGAAACCAGCAAAUUACGAGAAGAUUUUGAGAGUACCCUUCUUCCAGACGUUGAUGAUAGCUUAAAACGUUGCGUUCGAGAAUUACGAGACAUUAGGAGACGCUUAAAUACUACGGUUGAAAAAGAUAUAAGUAAUUUUCAGUCUCACUUACAAGAGUUAAGUCAAAAAUGUCUACAGGCGAAUCAGGAAGCUGAUGAAUCAAACAUGACGUACAAAAUAUAUAUUCCUCAAGAAAUAAGAGCUUUCAAAGAAGCAAUAAAAGAAGAGUCGACUAUACGAGAAGAAACAGACGACGCUAUGGUUAAAGCACUUAACGAAUACAACGUUGCAUUAAAAAAAGGGUUCUUAACAUUUCCCCCUUCAUGAGAAGCUUCCUUUCAUUGUACUUUAUCUAUUUAAUAAUUGUUUUAGGAAUGAUAAAUAAAGUCUCUGCUUGUUAUGAGCACAAGCUUUGUAAAAAUUAAUGAAACCGAGCUUCAUCAAAACGGCUUUUCCUCAGGUUAACUUGUCGGUACCCCUAGUGUUAAUUUUUUGAGUUUUUCAAUGUAAAAUAAAGUAGUAUUUUCAUUACUCUCAUUUUUUUUCUCUACUUUUUUGUCAUAAAAAAAAAUUGUAAAAGAGGUCGAAAAGAUUACACAUUAAAAAAAAAGAAGCAUCAUUUAGUUAGAAUAAAAGUGGGACAUGAAAAAUUUAACAGAACAGUGGAAAGUUAUUAAAGUUUG